AUGUCUAGUCCACACUCCACCAGCCCCCACCACUUCACCAGCACACACCCACACCAGCCUCACCCACUCACACCCCCUUUUUUCCACCAGUCUCUCACACCCCACUUGUCCCACUCCCCAAUAGCCCUCACUCCCCACUUCACCCUCCUUUUCCCACCAGUCUCACACCACACCAGCCCCACACCCCACUCAGCCUCACACCACACCCAGCCCCACUCCCCACUCACCCUCCUUUUUCCACUCAGUCUCACACCCACUCAGCCCUCUACCCCACUUCAUCCUCACUCCCACUCAGCCUUCGUGACCAAAAGUCUCACACACUCCACAUUAGCCCCCACACCUCACCAGCACACACCACACCUCACUAGCCUCACUCCCCACUCACCCCUUUCCACUCUGUCUCACACCCCACCAGUCUCACCCCCACAGCCCCACUCCCUCACUCACCCUCCUCCUUUUCCCUCCCACUCAGUCUCACACCCCACUCAGCCCUCACACCCCACUCAGCCCCACACACCACACCAGCCUCACUCCCCACUCACCCUCCUCUUUCCCACUCAGUCUCCACUCCCACUCCAGCCUCACACCCCCACCCACAUCCUUCCCCACUCCUCAGCCCCACUCCACCACCUCAGCCCUCACUCCCCACCACCCCUCCUUCCCUACUCCUCUCACACUUCAACAGCCCCACACCACACCAGCAUCACUGCCCACCAUCCACUCCCUCUGCCCUCCUUUCCCACUCAGUCUCACUCUCCACCACCCUCACACCCCACCUUUUCAGCCUCCCACCACACCCACUAG